CUCUACUAGGCGGCAGAAUAACAAACAAAAAGAAAAACACACGUAAAAUGUUGUAGUACUAAAAAUAAAAGUGAAAUGUGCUCGAAGCGGAGUUUGAGUGUCCUUGCUGACACCGAAGAUGAACAGGAGAACCCGCCGAAGAACACCUCGAAAUCGCUCUGCCAACACACAUCAAGAGAAUUCACCGGCUCACCAAAGGCCAAAAAUGUUUUGGGCGAUUCCUUGUCCAGACAAAGAAGGAAUAAAAUUUCCAAGUUCGAGGAAUCCUGGCUGGCUCUAAAUAAGUCAUGUAUGGGCCAAAGCCUGAUGGAUGCUUCCAAGGAUACCAGUUGGACAAGUUCUCUGUCAACAAAGGCCCGAACUAAAGCUUUGCCAAUCUCCACUUACCAGAGUUCUCCGAGGACUCCUCCUGCCAUAUCCCGGUCGAGUUUUUCCUCUACGUUCCAGACAUCCCGCCGAUGGAACACAUUAAUGAGCGAAGAAUCCUGUAGAAAGUCUCCGCUGGCUUCUCCUUUGAUGACAGAUAAAAGUCCUCAAAUAUUAUCCUCUUCCUUUAAGACGUCGCGGCUAUGGAGCAAGUUAAUAGGCGAAGAAUCCUCUCAGACGAUUAGUUAUAACUCUCCGAAGACUUCUCCGUUAAUUGAAAAAUCAAACGAGAUCCCUCGCAGAUUAUCCUCUUCCUUGAAGACAUCUCAGCGUUGGAACGACUUGAUGAGCGAUCAUUCGCUGAAUGAAUCUAGUUGUACGGACGAUAGCCAUGUGGAAUCUUCGCCAGUCAUCCGUCUAGUACCGGAUCAACCCUCCCAGUAUCUGCCCAGCAGCAGCCAGAAAAGAGUCAUUCCAAAGUCCCACAUACGCGCCGUCAAGGGAGGCUAUGCCGACAGCUUCCAGCGGUUGCUAAAGAGCGUGCGAAUGGAUCAGCGCCAUUUGAGUAGCAGGGAACCAACCCAUAGCGGUCACGUGUUGGCUAUAACCGAGGAGUUUAACGUAACAAUGGCUCUAGUAGAGACCGAGAGCCAACAAUGCAGUCCAAGCUCUAGUUUUAAUAUUAUAUUACAAUCAAAACAAUCCAAAAAUGUAAAAGUUGGCUCUAAGGUGCAGUUCUACCUAAAUCCCAAAAUUAAGCCAUUAGAACUGACCAACAAGCAAUUGGUCUAUUGUCAGCCACAUAAUGUAAUCGUAUUAUAAAGACAGGCUUUAGUU